AUGAAUAUUUGCACAUGGAAUGUUAGAGGUCUCAAUGAGCCUCGGAAAGCUGUAGAGAUUAGGAGGUUUUUGAAUAAGCAGAGUAUUAAUGUAGUUUCUUUGAUUGAGACUAGAGUUAGAAUUGGCAAUAAAGAGAAAGUUCAGAAGAGGUUUGGGGUUCAGUGGACUUGGUUUUGUACUUACUCUCAUUCUCCUAAGGGGAGAAUCUGGAUUGGUUGGCAGCCUGCUGAUGUUGACCUCCAAAUUUUGUCUUCUUCUGAUCAGUUUGUUCACUGUUGGGUGGUUACUAGGGAUCACAAAUUUGAAUCUUUCUUCACUGCUGUCUAUGGUCUUCACACAGAGAUAGAAUUAAUGGAAAUUCUUAAGGGUUCUGAUGAUCCUAGAGUUUGGAGUAGAAUUGAUAGGGUGUUUGGAAAUAUGAAGUGGAUGGAUUCCUUUCCUGAUAUCUCCACUAAGUAUAUGAACCCUUCUCUUUCAGAUCACUCUCCUAUUGUUAUUCCUUGUGUGAAAAGUGAUCUUCAUGGGGUCAGACCUUUUAGGUUCUUGAACUAUUUGGUUGAUCACACUUCUUUUGAGGGUAUAGUGACUGAUAGUUGGAACAUCACAGAUAGAGGAAAUCUUAUGGAGCAGAUUUGGUGGAAGCUGGCUAGGGUAAAGAGUAAAUUAAAAACUCUGCACAAGGAGGAGUUUGCUCAUGCUGCUGAGAAGAUUGAGCAUUACAGAGGUGAGCUGGAUUCUUUGCAAACUCAGUUAAGAGUCAGUAGUUCUCCUCAAAUGUUAGCUGCUGAGAUUGACUUGGUUUGCAAGCUGAAAAAAUGGCUUGGAAUUGAGGAACAAGCUCUUAAACAAAAGUCUAGAGUUCAAUGGCUAAAGGUGGGUGACUCUAAUCACCACUAUUUUUAUGCUGCAAUGAAAGAAAGAUAA